UCUUUCACUGUACGGAGCACCAUUAGCUGAAGUUACCGCUCAGAGUUUACAUUCAAACCGAGGAGUUGCGGAUUACAUCUUACCAAUAACUGUAAAAUCAGGAUCUGGAGGUGUCGCUGCCUGCUCGCCCCGAGAACACACAACGGCAGGAGGAAGUGGUGUGUUGGAGGGGAGAAUGGAAAAAAGACAAUUGGGGAGAGGAGAGCGCCCGCGGUCCUGAUGGAUAUAACACGAUCUCGGACAGUGUCUGCAGCACCAGCAAUCCAUGCAGGGUUUGCACCCAUGUGAGCCCAGUUGUCUUAUUUUCAAUGGCAUGGAAGAGAAUAUAUUCACUGGUUCUUUUUUAAAUGUUGCCUUUGCAAAUGGACUUUGCUCACUACACCACUUUGAUGAAAGUGAAGACGAGCAACUCACCUUUGAAAAAAGGUGCCCCCUACUACCAUACUCGAACUGGUUCAUAUUAAUAUUUGGCAUCAUUCUGUUUUACCAUCAUGGAUAUCCAAGGGCCAGACAGGACCAAAGGCUUUUCAUGCAGGGGUUGUGGUAUUGUAUGUUUAAACAUGCCCAGCCUUUUGGAGCACACAGAAGUUUGUCAGCAGUCGGAUGGCGAUCGAAGGUAUAAAUGUGAUGAAUGUGGUCGUGGAUAUCGACAUGCUGGCAGUUUGGCGAACCACAAGAAAACACAUGAGGUUGGAACCUUCCAGUGUCACAUAUGUGCCCGGAAACUAUCUAAUGCUCUAGCGCUUAAGAGUCACUUGCGUAUUCACACAUCACGAAAGAAAUAUUCUUGCAUGGAUUGCGGGAAAGCCUUUCGCUUAGCAACUCAGCUGUCUACUCACCAAAAGGUCCAUCGCAAUAGGGAGUUAAGGGGAAGGACCAAAAGCAGUGUCUUGACACAAGAACAGGCUGAAAGUGUUUGUGAAGAUGACCAACUGCAUGAUGUCGAUGAGCAGGAUUUCAGUGUGAUGCCAGGUUUGCCACCAGAUAUAGAGUUAAAUGUUGCCCAUGAGAAUAGUUUUAGCAAUGGUCUUAUGUCAGAGCUCAUUUCAAAUGUUAUCCCUGAAAGCGACACCAUAGCUAAUGGCGAUAAUGGGGACCGACCAUUUAAGUGUGACAUGUGCGAGAAGACUUACAGACAUCAUGGAAGCUUGAUAAAUCACAAGAAAUGUCAUCAAAUGGGAAUAUUUGAGUGUACAGUCUGUUUCAAACAGUUUAACAAUCUUGCUGCCCUCAACAGUCACCAACGAAUUCACUAUAAAAUCAAAGGUCGCCCCAGCACAGUUACCCCAGCGACCCCUGAGGCGCCCUAUCAAAACUCUAAGUCAGAGCAGGUAUCUGCAGGUGUUUUGCAGAAUGGGGCCACAAAUGUACAUUUCUGUCACCUUUGUCAAGUAGCAUUUGCUACUGAUGAUGAGUUUCAGAAUCACAUAAUGUUGCAUAACUCUUCUUCAGUGUCCUUUGAGCUCCCUACCAGCCUACCUGAGGACCAUGAUUUUUCGUAUAACCAUAGUAUCGCCCAGUCUCCCGAACCUGUUCCUUAUCCUUCCUCCAGUGACACCCCACCGUUGCCUCCAUUACUCGAUAAAGCUGUUGAUUAUGUCCAAACCCAGGGGCCAAUGGAAAAUGGUCAUAUUUACGUACCUCAUCCUAUAGGUGAUGACUCAGCUGUUAUAGACACUCAGGGAGGGCCUUUGGCUCUGCCAUCUGAAAACCUCAACCCUGAACUAUUGGAGCAAACUACUGAUGAUGGUAAACAUGAUGAAGCUGUUAGCUCUGACCGCCGUUUUAAAUGCAACAUUUGUGGCAAAAGCUACAGACAUGCAGGUAGCCUCAUUAACCACAAACGCUCCCAUCAGACAGGAGUUUUCCAGUGUUCAAUUUGCCGCAAGAACUACCCACAUCUGGCUGCCUUGAGAAGCCACCUUCGUAUACAUAAGGGCAGGCCUUCCUCUUUAACUGCCUCUGCUGAAGGUGACUGGCUUUCCUCUGAGCCCCUGACACAUGAAAAUCAGCAUGGUGGCUUUGCGUCUCACGAAAGUGAUGUUAGUGGUAUUUUAGGCGUCCCUCAGGAUCUCGGAGACUCUGUGGGCAUGAAUUCUGAUGAGGAGCUGGAUGAAUUCCAAGAGCAGUUUCACAGUUCCUUCGCUGAGGACAGACAAAUGCACCUACCUCAGGGUGAAGCCCUCAUGGAGAGGCACAUGUGUGCAGACUGCGGAAAGACAUUUUCUGAUAUUGCAGGGAUCAAGUCGCACAUGUGUCCCCUCCUGAAUCAGCAGUAUCAGGUCAUGCCAAAUGGCUUAGAUGGUCACAUGGACUAUAAGACUGAAAAUCGUCCGCAGCCCUUGGGAGAUUCAGGAGAGCCUAUUGGUUUUGAGGGGCAGAAUGGUGGCACGGUGGAUACCUAUUUUGCAGGGCAAAACUUUCAUGACACUAUGCAUGGCCAGAUGAUGCAUGACCAUGAAGAUAACGGUCACUGUGAAGAGGGUAAUGCAGAUGAUGAUGAGUAUGAGGAUGGUGAGGAGGAGGAGGAGGAGGAAGAAGAUGGAGAGAUGUAUCAGUGCUCUGUGUGUGGAAAUCACUACACCAGCAUGCGGGAACUGAGGAGUCACCUCCAUACUCACACUCAAAGCCAUGACACACCUUCAACAUCUGGCCCCUCCUCUAUGUCCUCACUCGAAGCAGAGAAAGACGAUGAACCAAAUGAGAUCCAGCAUAGUGACUGCAGUCUGAUUAUUUGUAGCACUUGUGGAGAAAGUUUCCUAACAAAACAGGACCUACUAGCCCAUCAACUUCUGCACAGCAAUUCUGUGGUUUGCCAGACUGAACAGUAUGUUACAGAAAACCAGAAUCAAAUCGAACCAAAAGAAGAAAAAGAGAGCAUCAUAUGUGGGAAGUGUGGAGUGGUCUGUGCCAGCAGUCAUCAACUUCAGAACCACGACUGCACUGGACAAAGAACUGAAGAACCUGAACAGUGUGAAGAAAAGCCAGAUAUUGGGAAUGUUCAUGGACAAGAAGCUGGAUUGUUCAAGGAGUGUCUAGGCAGCGGAGAUAGGCAGUAUAAAUGCGAGCAAUGUGGACGCUCAUACAGACACGCUGGUUCACUCCUAAAUCACAAGAAAUCGCACAAAACUGGGGUGUUCCGCUGCUUUGUUUGCCAGAAGCGUUUUUAUAACUUGCUGGCUCUAAAGAACCACCAGAGGACACAUUUUGAUGUAAAGAAGCACAGUUGCACAGAAUGUGGGAAAGCUUUCAAAAUCCACAAACAAUUGGUAAACCACCAGAGAGUUCAUCAGGAAAACAAGGCCAAGAUUGAAGAACUCAAUAAACAAAUUCAGACGCUUAUGCAGAUGAGUGGGAAUGUCUCUGUAAGUGGAAUGCACUCGCAGGGUACCAGCAGAAAAAGGAGUAGUCGGCGGCGCAAGCAGAAAGCCCCUCCUAGUAGUGACCAGUCCAGCCCAGAAAAGAACAGCCAGUCAGAGGAUCCUAAUGACCCGCGGCCUUUUGUUUGUGACCAGUGUGGGCGAAGUUAUCGGCAUGCUGGAAGUCUGGUCAACCACAAAAACUCACACAAGACAGGAGAAUAUUACUGUGCUGUAUGCAACAAUACCUAUUCCAACCAGUUGGCGAUGAAGAACCAUUUACGUAUUCACUUUUCAGUCAAAAAACACUGUUGCCAGGACUGCGGGAAGGCAUUCCGUGGCAAGAAACAGUUACUGAACCACACUUGUUCACAAAACCGCAAGAAGAAUGCAGCAGCAGGGUCGAGAGGAAAGGCUAGGGGUCGCAGAAGAGCAAAGGCUUUAACAUGCAAGCAGUGCAGCCUGGCAUUUUCCACUGCUGACCAGCUUGCAAACCAUAUCUGUAGCAAGCAGCCUGGCACUCAUGCUGCUCAUGAGCAAAAUGGCAAAAGCAAUGCACCUGCAGUCAAAGAAGAACGACCGUUCAAAUGCAACAUUUGUGGCCGAAGCUAUCGCCAUGCAGGAAGCCUGUUGAACCACAAAAACACACACAAAACUGGUCAUUUCACCUGCUCUUUCUGUGCCAAGCCUUUUUCCAAUCCCAUGGCACUACGUAAUCACACUCGCAUACACACACAGAAGAAAAAGUAUGUUUGCCCAAUCUGCGGUAAAGCUUUCAGACUCUCUAGCAUCCUCUACAACCACCAAAAAAUCCAUGCCAGAGGAGUCACUCGUUAUAGUUGCCAGACAUGUGGUAAGAGCUUCCAGGGAAAGUCUGGACUUAAGAGACACCGCUGUUACAGAAGUGGCACAUCGUCUCCUGCUGUUAAUCAGGAUAGCGCAGACAAGUGUUACACAUGUGAUCAGUGUGGUCGUUCCUACAGACAUGCUGGCUCUCUUCUCAACCAUAAGAAGAGUCAUUCUGCUGACCUCCUCAAUUGUACUCUCUGCCUCAAAACAUUCACUGAUCCUCUGGACCUUCAGAGUCACUCCCAGAUGGCCCGCCACUGCUGCCCAGAUUGUGGAAAGACCUUUUGUGAAUUUGCACACCUGCAGAACCACAUGGAAGUGCACAGCAAGGGGCUCCCUUACUAUUGUGCUCCAUGUCAGCAGAACUUUCCCAACAUGGCCAGCUUUCAACAGCACCAAGAAGUCCACCGUGGCAUGCAGGGCCAGCCACAUCACCAGGGCAUGCAUAUGUCGCAGGAUUUGGAAUGGGACUCUGAGCUGGACCAGCAGAUGGGGCUACAAGAUCUCCCCAAGAUGAAUCCGGCUUUUAACCAAAUGCACGGAGCGUUGUCUGAACAGCAAGAUCCACACGAAAGUAUGGAGGCAGUAGCAAAAGAGGAGAAGAGCCACGUGUGUGAGCACUGUGGACGUACUUACAGACAUGCCGGAUCCCUGCUUAACCACAAGAACAGCCACAAAACGGGCUCGUUCGUCUGCUCAGUGUGCCAGAAAAAGUUCAACAACCUGAUGGCGCUGAAGAACCACCGACGUAUUCACACAGAGCCUAAGCGCUACCAGUGCCUGGAAUGUGGUAAGGCCUUCCGAGUGUCCACUCAGCUCAUCUGUCACAGACGUAUUCACACCAAAGAGAAGCCCUUCUCCUGCCUGCUCUGUGAGAAGCGUUUCUCAAGCAAGUCCAACCUGCGACAUCACCAGAAAAUGCAUCAGAACUCCCAGCAGUCGUUCGAGUCCUCUUUCAACAUGGACCCUAAUGCCUUCAUGGGACUGGGUGUGGACCCUUUCCUCUGAGGCAGGAUUUGCGGGGCCCGUACUCAAAUCCCUGUGUUCCAAGGGAAGAUAUCAGAAUGAACCUCUUCCCCCACCCAAGGCCCAAUGCCAAUAAUCGUAAAACAUCAGGUUUUUCUGCUGUAUUUGUCAAGACGGUGUCCAAACCAGAUGCUGAUCUUGGCAAGAGUUGCCUCCUGUACUGUUGUAUUUUUAAAUAUAUUUCUUUAAAAGGACAUUUAAGACUGGCAUUGAUGCGAUACUACCUCUGGUAGGGACAGUGAUACUGUAGAAACUAGAAUAAGUGAUGGUGCCUGUCAGAAACCAUUUUAGAUUUGAAUGUUUCCUUUUUUAACUUUCUUGUCUUCUCACAGAGUGCACAAAACUAAAGAAUUGUAUGGUACUAUGGUAGAUCUAAAACUGAAGACUAGGGUCGGAGUAUAUUUGCCCAGAGCUUUUACCCCAGCACCGCCUCAAAGAGUAGAGUCCGACCGAUUAUUUGGUGUAUAAUAAAAGAAGGGCGAAACCAGUGCAACAGAAUGCACCUUGCCCUCAGACUUAAUGAACUUGUUAAUGUUGUAGUUGUGGAUGAGAAGGAUGUCCAUGUCCUUAAUGUCCAUGUGCUUUCAUGUUUCCAGGUUAUUGUACUUCUCAUUAUAGAAAUGAAUUCUGUAAUCACUCACUUCAUCAGUGUCUUAUUUAGUACAACUUUCAGAAUUGUUCAAGUCCUUCCUUCACUUUGACACUGUUAAGGCUGUUAAACAGCAACAGUAGAAUUAGUAUAAUUGUCCUGAUACCUGUCAAAGAUAUUUAUUUAUUUAUUUAAAAAUCUAUUUAUACCCUACACUGCUAAUUGAGAAAAAAUAUCAUUAUCACUGUUUAAUGUGGUAACCCUUAUGCAUGGUAUUAGAUGUGCUUUAACAGUAAUUAAUUACUUGGGUAUUGUAGAUAAUGGUUCUUAUACAUUUUAUAGGAUAUCUCCUCCAGAAGCAUUUCAGGAUGAUGUAUUUGUAUUAACCAAGGGAUCAGGUUAUGUACUGUUAUUUUCUCAAUGUGUAUUUUAAAUGUAUUCUCUUGUAUGUCACUUUUAUUUAAUCCAGUUUAUGUAUUUUCUUCUCGAAAUGACUGCUGAGUAAAAGACCAUGGUUAGACAGUGAAAGAGAAUGUGUAAUCUUACAGAUUGUGUUGCUAAUGGACCCUAAAAUCCUUGAUCGGUCGGGCUCUAUGAUGGGCAGGAACACCUUGAUGGCGGACAAAGGUGGUUUUUUUUUUCAGUAGUUAAAAAAAUGCUCAGGUUUCACACCUCAAUCAGUAGGUAGAAUUUAAAUAAUUACACCACAUUUUGUUUCAUGAACAAAGCAUUGGAAGGCAUCUGUAUUUUUUCAGGAUAUGAUGCCAGGUUGGAUUUAUGUGCCAUUUCAUAUCAUAGACCUACUUAGGAUAAACUUAAUAGUAGAUUCCAUGUAUGCCUAUAUUUCAGUGCUUACUGAUUAUUUAUGAGUAGGAGUUGCAGACCUUCACAGCUUAAGUGCAUUUUACAUGAAACUCCACUGACUUCUGAAUCUUUGAGGUUCUCUGUAAUCAGUUGCAUAUAUCUUAAAUACAGAAUAUUUAUUUUUGUUCUUAUAAUCAAUGUUUCUGUUUCUCAAGUAGGGGACUAAGCAGAUACUGUUUAUUUGUAGAUGUUCUUGCCCUCACUUCCUGGAACUGAAUAAACACAGUGUAAAUGUU